UUAAUUUCCUUGUCUGUCAAGACUCCGGAGCCCAGUCUAGAAUUUGCAGCUCCGCUAUGGCAGCCACUGCAGCAGGUAGCUUUCACCUCUACUGGAAACCAACCUUCCACAAAUCUAACAUCCAGAAGACCGCUCCAAAUUUCACUGAUCAACGAAAGCCUUACCACGUAUCACCACUCAAGGCAUCUCAAAGCCAAAGCACAAGUGUUUUUUCUAGCUCGGUGCGGUCCCGGCGGCCGGAAAACGUCUCCGGAGAAUUCUUCGUCGAUCAUACGUGCAUAGACUGUGAUACUUGUCGUUGGAUGGCUCCGGAAAUCUUCACACGAGUGAAUGACAUGUCAGCAGUCUCUAGACAACCAGGCUGUGGAGAAGAACGAUUGAGAGCUCUUCAGGCCUUACUUUCAUGUCCAACAAGCUCAAUCCACACUGAAAAGCCUGCCCACGAUGUUUUAGAAGUACAAAAAACCUUUCCUAUUCCAAUAAAUGAGCAGAGAAUUCCGGGCAUUUAUCACUGCGGAUAUCACUCUGAGAAGUCAUUUGGGUGUACUUCUUAUUUGAUUGUUCAUCCUGAAGGAAAUAUUCUUGUUGACAGUCCUAGGUACACACAGACGUUGGCACAUAAUAUUAAGAUGAUUGGUGGAGCUCGUUACAUGUUUCUUACCCACAGGGAUGAUGUUGCAGAUCAUGAGAAGUGGUCAAGUCAAUUAGGCUGUGAGCGAAUUAUUCAUUCAGAUGAAGUAAAUACCUCAACAGCUGGAGUAGAAAUUAAGCUAGAGGGGACGGGACCAUGGAGCCUUGGAGAUGAUUUUGCCCUUGUUCAUACUCCUGGCCACACAACAGGUUCUGUAUGCUUGUUUUACAAGCCGUUAAAGGCUCUCUUUACAGGAGAUCAUCUUGCAAUGACUGAAUCUGGGUUGACCAUUAUAGAGAAAUACAAUCAUCAUUCAGUAUCCAAGCAAUAUGAAAGCGUCAGAUCAUUGCUUGAGCUGGAUUUUGAAUGGAUAUUACCAGGUCAUGGUAGGAGAGCUGAAUUUAGAGAUGUUGAGGACAAGAAUUCUACUUUAAAAGCUUUCUUGGCUGCAAAACGACAACAAGUCUAGAUCUCAAGUUGGUGAAUGGUUCAUCAACUCAUGUUUCUUUCUAAUAUAUAUGUAUAAUAUAGGUAAUCAUGGAGGAUGUGAUGACCUGGGAAGUAAGUCAGCUAUACGGCAUCCUAGUUUAAUAAAUAAAACAGCUGUGGAAACACUGAUGUUCGGAGUGGUUGCUUCCCUUUGAUUUAUUUUGGCUUACUAUGGAUUGUAUAAAUAGUCGGCCCUUGGGCCUGUAGAAGUUUCUAUGACAGUUAUCAAAUGAAAAAACACUUUUCUCUAUCUUAAAA